CGCAUGCUCACACACACAGAGACAUACACACACACACAGAGGCACACACGCACAGCACUUCUUUCAGACCCACCCCCUGCUGCCAGCAACCAGCACCCGAGAGAGGCUGGGUGCUGAAGUGGGUGCAGGAGGCCAGUGCCGGCCCAGCUGCCUGGAAGAGACGGAGCCCGUGGCUAGUGAGGCUGCCGAGCAGGGCCAGGCCGGGCCCUGCCCGCAAGGACAUCCAAGCCCUCCGCCGGCCCCUGUGCCCGGGAGCCCUCCAGGCUCUCCUGCUGACCCCACCAUGACAUCGGAGCCCACGUCGCCCCCAGUCGUGCCCCCACUCCACUCCCCCAAGUCACCAGUUUGGCCCACCUUCCCCUUCCAUCGAGAGGGCAGCAGGGUCUGGGAGCGGGGUGGCAUCCCACCUCGGGACCUGCCCAGCCCUCUGCCCACCAAACGGACCAGGACAUAUUCAGCGACAGCCCGCGCCUCGGCUGGCCCCGUGUUCAAGGGCGUCUGUAAGCAGUUCUCGCGCUCACAGGGCCACGGCUUCAUCACCCCUGAGAACGGGUCAGAGGACAUCUUCGUGCACGUGUCUGACAUCGAGGGGGAGUACGUGCCGGUGGAAGGUGAUGAGGUGACCUACAAGAUGUGCCCCAUCCCACCCAAGAACCAGAAGUUCCAGGCUGUGGAGGUGGUGCUCACCCAGCUGGCCCCCCACACGCCCCACGAGACGUGGUCUGGGCAGGUGGUGGGCUCCUAGGCUGGUGGCUCGGAUGCCAGCUGUCCAGGCAGUGGGAGCCACGCAGGGUGGACAGGCAGCAGCCAGCCCCGCGACCCCACUGCACUGAGCAGCCCCAGUAUGCACGUCUGUCUGUCUGUGCUUGUGGCUGUGAGCGUGUGCCUCCACCCACCCCCAUGACCCAUGACUGUGAGCUGGCCAGGCACUGGACUGGGGGAAGAUCACCAGGCCUGCCUCUGCUCGUCCACUGUCCCUUCCUCACCCCUGCGUGUACACAUAGGACCCUCGCCCUCCUUGUCCACUGAGCCUCUGAGAGCCCACGUCAGGCCUGAGCUGGGGCUCGGGAGGAACAAGCGGGACCCCUGCCUAUCCCCUUGCCCCACUCUGCCCUAGACCCUGGCCUGGGGGCACGCUCUGUUGUGCUGCUCCCAUUCCUACUCUGGCCUGGAGUCUCCCUGUGGUCUACAUUCUUCCCCUCGGAAGCCAGGUUGGUGAGCACUUUGGGGGAGCUUAUCAGCCUCUGGUGGAGGGUAAAACGCUGCUGCCUAGGCCCGCCUUCUCACACUCUCCUCUACCCCGUGCACUAGAGAGGCAGGAAAGAAGGGCUUGAGGGUGUAAAGGGGUUUCCAGGUUCCCAUUUUGUUGGCACCUGCUCUUUGGCCUGGCAGUGGCUCUAUGAACCCCAAAGUGAGGUCUGCAGAGGGCUGGGGGCCCAUCUCCUGCAGCUUGGAUGGAGCCACCCCAUUGCCCAACUCACAAGCCCCACUGAUGCUUGGCCAUGGGCCUCACCACACCCGCUGUUGAGGCCACAAUGCUGGACAGACAACCAUCCCCUCAGGCAGGGCCACCACAGGGAGACCGCUGGCCCCUAUCUGUGUGGCGGUCCUCUGGCUGGAGUUCCUCUGGGCCAAGAUGUGUGUGUGCACUCACUCUGGGGCCGGGGGGUGGCCUGCUUGGAAGGCCAGGAAGGAGCAACACUGCCUCCACCCAGUACUGUCCCCCCAACCAGUUGCCUUGGAGUUGACUGGACGCACGGCGACCCCAUGUGCGUCAGAGUAGAACUGUGCUCCAUAGUGUUUUCAGUGGCUAAUCUCCAGGCCUUCCUUCUGAGGCACCUGAGUGAACUUAACCUCCAGCGUUUUCUUAGCAGCUGAGCACAUUAUCCAUUUGCACCCCCCCAAACCCAUGCUUCGCUCCAGGGAGCAUAUCCUAAGAAGGGUAAGAAAUGGGGUCACGAGUUCAGGGGAAGGCCUGCCAAGGAUGGUGAGCCUAGGAGACCCAGCCUGUGAGGAAAACUGGGGGCUUGGGUGCCCAAGAUGAGGAAGUCUGACUGUCUAGGAGGAUCUCCAGCUCCACAGGUGCCCCAAGACCCUGGGGUAGAGAUAGACCCCCAGGGUAGAGAUCAGCUAGGGUACCUGCACCCCACCUCUGCCUCUACUCCAGAACACAGAGGCCACAGGCCAAGAGCUGCUGAGAUGUGUUGCCCAGCCCCCCAAAACUGGGAAAGGCUCAGCCUGCCUGACACCCUACUCUGAGCUGGGGCUACCAUGGGCAAGGCUGGACGCCAUACUGGUGCAGGUUAACUCCUGGUGCUGCCCAAGGCAUCCCUCCUAGGAGCAGGCCUCCUUUUUCUGAUGUGGUGGCAUCUCAUACUGGGGCUAUGGGGGUGGCCAAGGGGCAGCAGCUUUCCUCCCCACCCCUCAACAGCGUGCAGUCAGAGACCCUCCCGAGACCCCCCUAGCCAUCCAGGCUCCCUCAUCCUUCCUAAUACUGGCAAUAAAUCCUCAACUGUGGCUCACUCUGACCUCCUGCUGCCUGUCUGUCUGGGCCCCUGGGGAAGGGGCUGGGGGAGUUCACGAGAACUCUAUGGAGGCUCUGGCUUCCUGGGUGGUCUAGGUAAGUCCCUGUUCUCUGUGCCUGUUUCCUCAUCAGUAAA